AUGGUCUGCGCCAAGUGCCAAAAGAAGCUCCAAAAGACGGAGCUGGUCACGCCGGGCGUCAAACGCAAGACAGACAUGUACUACGGCUCGCCGUCCAGCACGCUGGGAGCCGGCGGCGACGCCAAAGCGAAGCCCACGCUGGGGAACACGGGCGUGAGCAAGAACAAGCUCCUCAGCCAGAAGGCGAAGAAUCCGUACGCGGCGUACUCGUCGUCGUGCGAGGUGUGCAAGACCAAGACUGAGCAGGGGAGGAAGUACUGCCAGCGAUGUGCGUAUCAGCGGAAUGCCUGCCCAAUGUGCGGUAAGAGUCUAAAUGCUGCGAUUGCAAACGCGCCGAAGGAUCAGCCCGUGAUCCAGACGCAGAAGUUUAAUACGAAAUGA